ACGUCAACACGCGAGGUAGAAAGUUUGUCGCAAGAAACUUUGGUCGCGGAGCACUCGCAGUGUUGUCGUGGGAGAUAGAUAAAUAUUAGUCUAAUUAUUCUAAGCGCGAUGACAUUGUGACGUGUACGCGAACGUGUGUGUACCUGCUGCCCCUGCCGCCAUCGCUGCCGCACACGUUUCUGCGGCCCAGAGGGAGGUGGGCUACCUUGCCUUGAAUCGGCCCGCUAUUGAUCGGGCGGAACACUCGCCCUCCUCGAACGAAGCCGUCGCCCCAUCAGAUGAAGCAAUUCAACGGCUCCAUCUCGCCGUCCUCGUCCUCAUCGUCCUUGCCGUUCGCCAGUUUGGGAUCGGGUAAGACCUCUUCCAAGCAGUCGUCCGGCUCCACCAUCAUCGACACCGGGAUGUAUCUACGAGAUUGGCGGAAAGCGCUCCGUUCACCACCGUCGUACAGGAUAGGCAACAGGACGAUCCGGCUACAGGUACACUUCACCUGGGUGCUGGCGACACUGUGCGCGUUCCUGCUGCUGGUGCUGUACAUCUCCUCCAGUCCUUCGUCGUUGCUGAGCGAUGGACCGCCGACGAACAGCUUUCUGCGCACUUCCGCCAUAGUGUACAACCACACCUAUCCACUGACCAGCCCGAUCGUCAGCAGUGGCAUCUACUCAUUCCGGGUGGGCAUCAUUGCGGAUUUGGACACCAACUCGGCGCUGAAGAAGAAUCAGUGGGGAAGCUACUAUCUCAAGGGCUAUCUCAGCUUCAUCCCGUCCAAGCGUUCGAUCACGGUGUCCUGGGACGAGGGCGAGGCGAAGGCACUGCAGUCGGGCUUUGCGCUUAAGGGCCGCGGAAUGGAGCUGUCCGAGCUGGUGGUGUUCAACGGCAAGCUGCUGACGUUUGACGAUCGUACGGGUUUGGUGUACGAGAUUGAGGGCGAAAAGGUGAUUCCGUGGGUGCUGCUGAUGGAUGGCGACGGCCGUACGUCCAAGGGCUUCAAAUCGGAGUGGGCCACGGUGAAGGAUCAGGUGCUGUACGUUGGAUCGAUGGGCAAAGAGUGGACGACCUCGGCCGGCGACUUUGAAACGCACGAUCCCAUGUACGUGAAGGCUGUCACGGUACACGGAGAGGUGUAUCACCUAAACUGGAUUAACCAUUACAAAGCCAUCCGGAAAGCGAUCGGCAUCGAGUGGCCCGGGUACAUGAUUCACGAGUCCGGUGCAUGGUCGGAGGUGCACCGACGGUGGUUCUUCCUGCCCAGGCGCUGCUCCCGCGAGCGGUACAACGAAACGCGCGACGAGCAUAUGGGAUGCAACUUCCUCAUAUCGAGCGACGAAACGUUCCAAAACAUUCGCGCAAUCGAGCUGAAACGGAACGACGUACCGGCGACGCACGGGUACUCGAGCUUUAAGUUUCUGCCCACCAGCAACGAUGAAAUUAUCGUUGCCCUGUCGACGGAAGAGCUGAACGGCAAGACGUCCAGCUUCAUCAGCGCGUUCACCGUCGAAGGCGAGCAGCUGAUGGUGGAGACGCGCAUCAACACGGAGUACAAGUACGAGGGGCUAGAGUUUAUCUAGAGUGCGGGUGCUGGGCGGGUUGGGCACUUGGGGUUGCCAUAGUAUUCCACUGUUUUUUGUACAUAGCCAUGAGUCUGAGUGUUCCCGCUCGCUAGGCAGCUAGGUUAGACAAUGACACUUUAAUCCGCAACUGAUACCGCUUCCUUGGCACGGGCCCGGUAAUUGGGUC